AGUGAAUCAAUCAGCAUGACAUCGUCGGCCGCCCGCAACAAGGACACCUCCAGCAGCACAACAGAGCCGACCCCGACGACAGAAUGGCCCGCCCCACAGACGAAGACGCAUCAAUUGAGUUGUUGUCUACCACUGACAUCCAGCGACCAGUGCGACAGCCUCGCCAUUUAAUCCUCCUCCAGCCCACCAUGACAACAAGCGGCCUGGAGGUUUCUGUGCAUGAAUGCCCUCGCACUAUGAUGCGAGAACUCGUGCACGUGUUCCCCAACACACUCAAGAAGGAGUGUCAUGUGCUUGCUGUUGUCACAAAUCAACGUGCCAGCGUGGACUUGGCUCAGUUCGGCGAAGAAGCCGACAAGGAGAAAGAUCGCCUGCUGGAGAACUUUGUCAAGUGGGCACAUGAAGUGGCCGCAGCAUUGACGGCCGCGGGGCAUUGGGCAGACUUCAUCGACCCUUGCUCUGGGUUGCCGAUGUUGGCGCUCAACUCAAACAAAGUGUACAGUGAAGUGGACGGCGUCGAAGUGCUUUUGCGGUACAAUUGCUUGAGCGCUGGCAUGUGCAAGAUCUUGAUUCAUCCGGAAUGGGGCGCUGCCGUCUAUCCUGCGUCGCUCUUUACCACUGCCCCAUCGGAGCUCGUCCUCAACGUCGUGUCCAAGGGAUUCGUCCAACACUAGUUCAACACUCGCUCGUACGUAGCGUGUAAUAAUGUGGUGUCUCGCGCCACGACUGUAUAGAUAUCUAAUUCGCAUGUGUGCAAACCUGUCA